GGCGGCGUUCCUUCCCAUUUCUGGCCCGCUUCCGCGUCUACACGAAGCUGACCGGCGGCAUGCAAGCGGACGAAGGCACGGACUGGCUCCUGGAACUGCUGACUGAGGUCCAGCUGCAGCAGUACUUCCUGAGGAUCCGCGACGACCUCAACGUCACACGGCUCUCGCACUUCGAGUAUGUCAAGAAUGAAGAUUUGGAGAAGAUCGGCAUGGGCCGGCCCGGUCAGAGGCGCCUCUGGGAGGCAGUGAAGAGGAAGAAGGCUAUAUGCAAAAGGAAAUCCUGGAUGAGCAAAGUGUUCAGCGGGAAGAGGCCUGACUCGGAGUUCCAGCCGCAGCCGCAGCCCCCAGGCGGCCCGUGCAAAACGUCCACUCCGCCCCCCACCGAGGACGGCCAGCAGCAGGCCCUGACCUGCCUGAUCAGCGAGAAGGACUUGGCGCUCUUCGAGAAGCUGGGGGACGGCUCCUUCGGGGUGGUGCGGCGCGGGGAGUGGGGCGCUCCCACCGGCAAGACGCUGAACGUGGCCGUGAAGUGUCUCAAGACUGACGUGCUGAGCCAGCCGGAAGCCCUGGACGACUUCAUCCGAGAAGUCAACGCGAUGCACUCCCUGGACCACAGGAACCUCAUCCGCUUGUACGGCGUGGUGCUUUCGAACCCCAUGAAGAUGGUCACCGAACUGGCCCCACUGGGCUCCCUGCUGGACCGGCUGCGCAAGAACCAGGGCCACUUCCUGAUCUCCACGCUCUGCCAGUACGCUAUCCAGAUCUCGAGAGGCAUGGCCUACUUGGAGUCCAAGCGCUUCAUCCACCGUGACCUGGCCGCCCGCAACAUCCUCUUGGCCUCCAACGACCUGGUCAAGAUCGGGGAUUUUGGGCUCAUGAGGGCCCUGCCCAAGAAUGACGACCACUAUGUCAUGCAGGAACAUCGCAAGGUGCCUUUCGCCUGGUGUGCCCCCGAGAGUCUGAAAACCCGCACCUUCUCACAUGCCAGUGACACCUGGAUGUUUGGAGUGACGCUUUGGGAGAUGUUCACAUAUGGACAAGAGCCCUGGGUUGGCCUUAACGGCAGUCAGAUUUUGCACAAGAUUGACAAGGAAGGGGAGCGGCUGGCCCGGCCAGAGGACUGCCCGCAGGACAUCUACAACGUCAUGCUACAGUGCUGGGCACACAAACCGGAAGACAGGCCGACCUUUGUGGCCCUGCGUGACUUCCUCUUGGAGGCUCAGCCCACGGACAUGCGGGCCCUGCAGGAUUUUGAAGAGCCGGACAAGCUCCUGAUCCAGAUGAGCGACAUCAUCACCGUCAUCGAGGGCAGGGCUGAGAACUAUUGGUGGCGGGGUCAGAAUAAGCGGACCCUGAAAGUGGGGCAGUUCCCGCGCAACACGGUGACCUCGGUGGCGGGGCUGUCGGCCCACGACAUCAGCCAGCCGCUGAAGAACAGCUUCAUCCACACCGGCCAUGGAGACACCAACCCCCACCAGAGUUGGGGCUUCCCCGAUAAGAUCGACGAGCUGUACCUGGGAAAUCCUAUGGACCCUCCAGACAUCCUAGGCGUGGACUUGAACGCAGCCAGGCCCACGCAGCUUCCAGGAAGGUCAAAAAGGGAGCCUCCGCCCCGGCCGCCUCAGCCCUCCAUCCUUUCCAAGAAGCCCUCGUAUGAUCCCAUCAGCGAGGAGGACGAUCCCCUUUCUUCGAGCCUCAAGCGCCUUUGCCUGAAAAAGCCAGGCCUGUCGCGAGGCCUGCGGCUUGCCAAACCCUCUGCCCGCGUCUCGGGCACGAAAGUUGCCGAGAGGUUGCUGCUGCCGCGGAACAAGGGGAACAGCAUAACGGGUAACGACGUGACGCUGAUUGACUUUGGGGAAGAUCCGGUCCCCACCACCCCCUCGCCCGUCAGGGAGCACUGUGCCCCAUCACUGGCCAAGCUGGCCAUGGAGGCAUUCUCUUUGUUGGACAAGACCCCCCCACAGAGCCCCACGCGGGUCCUGCCCCGGCCCCUUCACCCGACCCCCAUGGUGGACUGGGAUGCCCGGCCCCUCCCCCCACCCCCCGCCUAUGACGACGUGGCCCAAGAUGAGGACGACUUUGAGGUCUGCUCCAUCAACAGUGCAGAAGGGCUGGUGGAGCAGCCGAGCAGCUGCUCGGCCUGGGAGAAGAAGGGGGAGACCAACUGCAGCUUCCUGCCUGAGAGUGACCCUCCUGCUCUUCGGCUGGACGACAAUCUCUUCCUGCCGUCCAAGGAGGCCAAGCAACCCAGUCCUGCCCAAACCACCGAGCUCUUCCAGGAACUUCAGCAGGAGUGCAUGAAACGCCUCAACGUGCCCUUGGGGGCCCCCUCUGCGGCCUCCACACCCAGUCCCGGGGAGGACAAGCCCCAGAUCCCCCCUCGCGUGCCCAUUUUCCCCCGGCCUCUCCGUCGAAACGAGCAUGGCCGCUGGUCCGGGGAAUUUUCGCCGGCUUCUGGGGGAGAGGAAGACCGGCCGCCCCAGAUUCCUCCCCGCGACCCCUUGUCCCAACCUGGCUCCAGGACGCCCAGCCCCAUGUCCCUCCCAGGCGGGUCCCCCCAACCAAGAGCCGGCCUGUGUUCCCCGCUGUCCCUGGGCUCGUACCUGUCCACUUCUCCGGGGAAGCAGCCCAUGCCCACCACCCAGAGCUUUGCCCUGGACCCCAAGUACGCCACCCCCAAGGUCAUCCAGGCUCAAGGCAAAGAGAGCGCGAAGGGGCCCUGCAUCCUGCCAAUCGUGAAGGACGGCCGGAAGGUCAGCAACACCCACUAUUACCUGCUCCCGGAGCGCCCGCCCUACCUGGACAAGUACGAGAAGUUCCUCAAGGAGGCAAAGAUCCCCGAGGAAUUCCCGGCGGCCGCCCGGCUGGUCACCACGGCGACUGUGCGGCCUAUGGUCCAGCAACAACCGGACUACAAGGCCAACUUCUCUUCCAACAACAGCAAUGUCACCGUCAAGGCUUCCUGCGGCCUCCAGAAGAUCAUCUACGAUGGUUCUGGACCGGACAGCUCAAGGCCCUCUGAGAAGAUACGGCUGGUCCAGGAGACUGUGCACGGCGUCACCACUGAGGAGUGCCAGACAGCCCUGCAGAACCACGGCUGGAACGUUCAAAAGGCCAUCCAAUACUUGAAGGUGGAGCAGCUGUUCUGCCUGGGCCUGAAGACACGGGUGGAGUGUCACAAAGUCCUGGAGAUGUUCGACUGGAACCUGGAGCAGGCCAGCUCUCACUUGCUGGACCCGUACAGCGCCUUCAGGUUCAAGUAA